AUGCUGUUUGUUUUUCUUUCAUUAAUAAGGGCCGAUCCUUUUGGCAUCGAUCCAAAGUUAUCAGAAGACUACCGUCUUGCUGUAAAUCAAGCAAAUAAUAGCUUUACUUGUUUAGAUCAAUCACUUACAAUUCCUCUUUCUGCUUUAAACGACGGCAAGUGCGAUUGCCCUGAUAAUUCUGAUGAACCAGGCACAUCAGCAUGCUUAAAUGGUCACUUUUUCUGCCAUAAUGAAGGAGGAAAAGCAAAAUCAAUUCCAUCCCACAAAGUUGGCGAUGGAAUUUGUGACUGCUGUGACGGAUCCGACGAGUUUGACAACCCACAAGCUCAGUGUCCAAAUGUUUGCUCAGCAAUGGUAAAGAAAGCAGGAGAAUCUCGUGAAUCUAUUUACACAAAGAUUCGGGCAGGCCUUAGACGCAAGAAAGAAAGCUUAAAAGAGACAGAAAUUACAUAUCCACAAGCACAACGUGAAUUACUAGAACUUCGUGAUGAAAUGAAGAAAUUCCAACACGAAUUAGACGUUCUCGAUCGCAAGCGCCGCGAGAAAAAGCAAAUCUGGAAAUGGGAGAAGCGUGCUGCCCAAGGAAUUACACCUGAAAUGUAUGCAGAAAAAGAAAGAAGAAAACACGAUUACAUUUACAAACCAUCAAAGAAAGUUGAAGUCGAAGAAGAAGUACCAGAUCCAGAUGGACUCCGAAAUCCAUUCAAUGAAGCCAUGGACAACAUUGAUUGGGAAGUUGACGAAGGAAUUGAAGAAUUAAUUUUCCACGCCACUCCAAGACCAAAACCAAUCAAAAGAAACGAUGUCAAUCGCGAUACGGGACAUCAUGGUUUCGAUCGCGAGGACCACAGAAUCAGACAUCGCACAGAAAAGUGGAAAAAGAUGAGAAAAGCCGAAAAAGAAAGACUCCAAAAGACAACAAAAGAACAGAUCUCAUUUUUGGACAAAGCCAAAGAAAGAGUUAAAGAAAUUGGCUCUAAAGUAUUUGGCGGAGACCAACCUAAAUCAUACCAAGAGUACAUGGCAGUUGAACACGAGAUAGAAGCACUUAGAAACCAUGAAAGUGAUACUCGCAUUCAGAUCAUGCACUUAGAAGACAAAUUCAAGCAUUCAAUGGGCAAAGACAAUGUUUGGUGGCCACUUUCACAGGCAACAUUUGAACUCUCUAAAGAUGGAAAUGACUACAAGAUACAAAUGUUCGGUGCAAUGAUGCACAGAAACACAGGAGCUGCUUGGUACGGAACAGCAAUUGGUGAGUUCAAGAGAUUCAAUGCAACAGAGAGAACAAUGUUGUAUGAAGGAGGAAACAUGUGCUGGGAAGGAAAUCCAAGAAGAGCUGAAGUGUAUUUGUACUGCGGACCAACAAACAAGUUCUUGGACAUGGAAGAAAUUGAUAGAUGCGUGUACAGAGGACACUUUGAAACUCCUCUUUGCUGCACAGAGGAUUAUAUUGAUUAUAUAAAGAAUAUGUCGGAUUUGGACCUUGCAGAUUUCGUCUCGCAGUGGGGCAACGCUGACUAA